AGUCCAUUAGAAUCUAUGGCACAUGAUCAUUGGAUUUUCAAAGAAUGAUGAGGUUUUGCAAAUACAGCCACGAAAUUCUGGAAUUAUCAAUUAAGCACUCGAAAAGAAAGUAUUUUAGCUCAACAGCUCACUUAGGGUCAAAUGAAUUAGACUUAAUCCUAGCAUGCUUAAUGAACCAAGUUACAAUCCUAUCUCAAAUCUUCAUACAAGUAUUACAAUGUCGAUUAACCACAGAAUUCAAUUAAGUCCUAUUUUGAUUGUGAAAACCUUCUGCCAUGAAUUCGUAGACAUGUUCAUCCUAGACGUUAGGAGCAUCCUAAGACUCAAACACACAAAAACACUCUAAAACCAACAUUUUUUUUUUUUUUACAUUUUAAUUUAAUUUCAACACCUAGGUACGGGAACAGGGAGUCUCGAUGUGCAAUGGGACUGAAACAGCUACCCUUUUUCAAGACUAUGUUUAAUCCAAUAUACCUUAGUGUAUCACAACAUCAAUUAAAAACACAAUAAAAACACAAUCCAACAUCAACUAUUUUUGUUUUUUUUUUAUUAUAUACUAACUACUAAAAACACAAUAAAACAAUAAUCCUUCCCCCAUACUUAAUUCAUGCAUUGUCCUCAAUGUAUAAACAAAUAUAAAGCAUGCAAAGCAUAAAUCAAGCAUAGAAGAGAAAGUUAACGCAAUGAAACCUAAAACAACUUAAAAUUCAUGAAAAUAAAAUAAAAGGAAGAGUUCAAGAAAGCAAAUCUGCGUUUGAUGGCUCCUCCACAGCUACAGUUGAAAUGGGUUGCCUCCCAUGCAGCGCUUAAUGUUUAAAGUCUUUCAGCCUAGACUUAUACCUCCAUUUACUCCUUUGGAGGAGCGGUAUGCGGGCGAGUGGCAGCCCUCUUGCUGGUUUCAGCCUCCGGAGGAGGGUCCUCAUGGUGUGAUGCAGUAGCGUCCUUGCGAGGAAACCCAGGAGGAUAACUCUGCAAGUUAUUGACUUCCUGAGCAAGCUUGUUUAUUGCAGUGUGACAGCGGAUCAAAGAGAAGUUCAUCUCAGAGAUGUAAUCGAUCAUGCAUGUGACUCUCCAAUCUGUCACCAUAAUACCAUCGCGGAGAGAGGAACGCAAAUCAUCAAUCGAAUCCGACAAGCUUUCCAGGGUGGCCACAGGCCGAGGAGCACGAGCAGCUGGUGAGGAAGAGGACUCUCCGGGAUGCAGUCUGGGAGAGCGACGAGCAGAGGACGGGGACUGCGGCUACGCUCACGUAUAGGACGAUGGUCCCCAGGACGAGUGAGGCCAGCUCUAGCGGCCGCUUGACGACCUUCUUCCUCCAAAGAGAGAACACGGCGUUGAUUGACGCCCAUGCGAGCAGUAACCUUGGUUCGAACCAUGAGGAAAGAGAAGGAAUUUGAAACUGCACGCUUAGACAAACCUUAGUGAAAUCUGGAGGAGACAAAAAAGGAGGUAUAUUAUAAAGCACAAAAUAGGGUAGAAAUCUCAACAGGCACACAGUUUUAACAAAGCUUCUCCGGGAAGGAGAAGAGUUAUGACAGUUCACGGCCCAAGAAACACGUAUGCACAUGAAAAACUCCCCCACGCGUAAAUAUUCCUUUCUUUUCCGUGAUUUACGGCAAUUAAUCUGCUUUCGGCUAUUGCUUAUCUGUCACAGAUCCUCGAGAACCGUUUGAUUCCCCCACGCGCUCCCCACGCGCCAAUAAUAAUCCGUGUUUUAGGGCAACUUUAAUCUUCUUUUCUGACGCUGGUUUGACUCUUCAUUGUUCAUCCAACGGUGGAGAUUGCAUGCUUUGUUCCUUUAAAUAAGUGCAUUCUGGAGAGGAGACUGUUCACGCCAAAAACCUCUCUCAGAGCUUCAGUCAUUCUCUCUCAGUUCUUCUCUCUCAGAUCUUCUCUCUCAGAUCUUCAGUUCUUCUCCUCGGUCCUUCCCUCUCAGAUCUUCAGUUCUUCUCCUCAGUCCUUCCCUCUCAGAUCUUCAGUUCUUCUCCUUAGUCCUUCCCUCUCAGAUCUUUAGUUCUCCCUCUGAUCUUCAGUUCUUCUUUUCUCAAAGCUUCAGAUCUCCCUCUCUAAUCUUCAGUAAUGGAACCACAAACCCAGCAACCAACCGAGGAUGGAGGAAGCAACAAAGCAGUCGGGAGCAGUGCUAACAUGCAUUGCAGGCGGAGCAGUACCAGGUGGGCUCCUACUACAGAUCAGAUAAGAAUCCUCAAGGAGUUUUAUGAUAAUGGAGGUAAGAACCCAACUCCAGAGCAGAUUCAGAGGAUCACUCUCCAGCUGAAACGGUACGGACAGGUUGAGAACAAGAACGUCUUUUAUUGGUUCCAGAACCACAAGUCUCGGGAGAGGCAGAAGAAGAAGUUAACUUCGGAUGUUCAUGUGCCCAUGCAAAGAUCUGGGCUUGUUGGUGGAUCCAUUAAUCUCAAUUUUGGGUCAAUUAGUUCUACUGGUGUUGAUGGAUCCAUUAAUCUCAAUUUUGGGUCAACUUGUUCUGCUGGUGUUGGUGGAUCCAUCAUGGAACAACGAGGAGAAGAUCACCAGGAGAUUGAAACCCUUCCACUGUUCCCCAUGCAUAGUGAGGACAUCUUUGGCAACAUGAAGAGUACUUUCGAAGGUGGUAGCGGCUAUGGCGGUGGCUCUCGUAUUUCCCUUGAGCUCAGCCUCAACUCCUACGGAGAUGCAGACAUGGCUUAGUAUAGAGUAUUAUUAUUAUUAUUAUUAUUAUUAUUAUUAUUUUUUUUUUUUGUAAAUAGCUGAAUUUAAUAAGACUGGAUGAAUGCAGUUUUUUUUUUUUUUAAUAUAUAGGACUCAAAAAUAAAAGACAAAUAUAUAUAUAGGACUCAAAAUGAAAGACAAAAAUAUUUAUAGGACUCAAAAUGAAAGACAAAUAUAUAAAUCUCUUCCCCCACACUUAAAUAUUGCAUUAUCUUCAAUGUAAUCAAUUAAAAGCAUGCAAUGAAAUAAGUAAGCAUAGAUAGAAGACAUUUACGAAAACAAAUCCUAAAAUAAAAACAAUAGAGAAAAAUUGAAAAAUAAAAAGAAAUAGGGAAAGAGAAAGCAAAUCUGAUUAUAUUCUGAAUUGGGUUGCCUCCCAAGUAGCGCUUGUAUUUUACGUCUUGCAGCCAGACGGUACCUACAUUAAAUAAAGUUAGUAACUAUAAUUAACAAAGAAAUACAAAAUAAAAACAAGUAUAACUAUUAAUUACAAACUACAAGUAUAAUUAACAAGUAUAUUGUACAUAAGACACAAGUUAAGUACACAAGUGAGUGUAAAACGUGAAAAACAUUUUUACAAGUAUAAUGUGUGAAACAACAAAAUAAUUUACACGUAUAGAGUAUUCACAAGUAUUUCUUUUGUUAUAAACAUUAUUGAUAUCGAAUCAAAUUCCAAGCGGUAAAUCAAGUGGACGUGCGGCCCAAGUAUAGUCGCCUAGACACAAACUCCCUUUCAAAUCGUUUGGGCAACCUUACUGAAAUGGCCAGGUGGGGGAGGACGAACACGAGAGGAAAAAUCCAUUUUGGCAUGAGCUACUCCCACAUAGUGGUUUAGCCCCAUUUGCAAGCACUUCUGGAUUCAAAAACCCGUCAUGAACGUUGUCCCCUUCCUAGACACCAUUCCACAUAGGCUAUACUUACUAAGAUGAAAAAGUUCAUAAGUGUGAAGACAGUUCAACAAGUGUUAAUAAAAGCCGCCCUCAACCUUAAGGGACCUGAGCUAGGUACCAAUAAGGGGUUUAGGCCAAUAUUAACAAAAGAGACUUCACCUAUUCCUCUCAAUUUACAACCUACAAUUAAAAUCCGUGUUCAAUAAUAUAAAUAACAUCCUAGUUAAUUUAAACUAAGUUUCAAACAAUUUAUAUACAACAAUUAUAAACAAAAACAAGUGAUUUUUCAAUCCCCGGCAACGGCGCCAAAAAUUGACGCGCUUAAAGCAGCACGCAAUUUAACCCUGUAAAAUGUCAUCGUUAGUAUAUGGUAAAUAGGGAUCGUUCUAUCCGGGGAUUGAGGGUACACUUGUAAUUGUGAAACAAAUAAAGAAAAGUAUUAUUUACAAAAAUAAAAUAAAGAAUAUAAAUAUAUACAAUUGUAUAAACAAAUAAAGAAUUAAAAUAAUAAAGUAUUAUUUACAAAAAUAAAAUAAAGAAUAGAAAUAUAUACAAGUAACGAAAUAAAAGGGGGGGGGGGUUUAAGAAUUAUAGAAUUGAAAAUUAAAAUAAAUAAAAUAAAGAAAAUAUAAAAACAUAUAUACAGGGGUGGAACGCAAGGAACAAAGAUCAAAACCACAUCCAUAUGAUUAAACUCAAUUCAAAUCCUAUAAUUGAUCAUCUAUGUCAUGAGAAAGAAGUCGAUCAUGUGAAACAUUUGAAGCAAAUGAUUUCCCAUAUUUUACUUUCCUUUACUAAUUAACCUAAGUGAAAGCACCUAGAUUAAUCCUAUUAAACAUGCAAUCAUAGUCUAGAAAGCUAGCUAAUCAAAACAUGUUCAAUGCAAGAAGCAUAGAGAAAGGUUAUCAACUUAAGUGCACAACCUAGUUAUGAAUAAGUUCACCUAUUUGCAAUCCUCUUCAAUUGAAUUCGACCUUUGUCCAAAGCCUUUACUACUUGUGAUUUAGGUUCACAAAACUAUUAGGUGAAUCGUUUACCUAAAUCUAGCACCAAUUACAUGCAAAUCCUAUAAGUGUUGACCCAAAUAAGAUAAACAUAUAAAAGUUUUCUAUCAAGCAAAUUCAAUCGAACAAACUCACAUAAGCAACUUAGAAUCACAAUUAUGGAAUUCGAAAACUUUAUUUAAACAUAGAAGUUGGGUUUAAACUUUACCCUAAACAUUAUUGUUAACUAGAAACAAGUUCAUAUGAAUUCAAACAAGGAAAACAAAAGAUCAUUACAAGGAAAAAGAAUGAAUUACACCGUGAGGGGAGAUGGAGAUGGAGAGCUUGAACGUUGGAAUCUUGAAUCUUGGAAGCAAGUCUUCAAGGUGGACGAUGGAGGCUAUGUCCUCACGGCUUCUUCUUCUUCUCUUUACUUGAAAAUGCAAAACUAAGAACUAGAGAAUGGAAAA